AAGACAGUGCGAGCUGGUGGUAGACAUUUUCAAUACGGCUUCUGCUUCUGAAUGGAUGCAUCUUCCAGGUAACAAUUCGCUGAAAGGAGAUGCGAAGUAUUCCUAUAUGUAGAUAGACACGAUUUGGGACAUACCAUUAUCUGAUUCUCUUCAGUUGAGUUUGGCUGCAGCUUGAGGGCACACAAUUUAGACUAGUUACCGGUAUAUUGCUGUCAUCAUAUUUGACAGUGUUAAAAAUCUGCACAGUCGCUCCAAGAAAUGACAGCAGGUACCAACAUGACAGACAUUGAAUCUGAUGCAAGUAAAGAAACGGUCGCUGCGGAGCCUGCAGAGGAGACACCAAUGAAAGCAGAGGAAAAGCGCUCGGACGAUGCUGAGGAAAAGAACGAGAACGGGGAUAGUAAAGGAACCAUCAAAGAGCAGGUUCCCGUGGCUGUGGAGGAGCCCGAGUUCGUGCAUCCAGAAGGAGGAUGGGGUUGGGUGGUUAUGCUGGCUGCAAUGUGGUGCAAUGGAGCGGUGUUCGGGAUCCAGAACGCCUUUGGCAUCCUGUUCAUGUCCCUCCUGAAAGAAUUCGGCUCACCAACAGAUGACGACCUCAGGUUUAAAACAGCUUGGGUGGGCUCCCUCUCCAUGGGGAUGAUCUUCUUCUGUUCUCCCAUCGUCAGCGUCUUCACAGACUUGCUGGGCUGCAGGGUGACAGCUGUGGGCGGAGCCGCCGUGGGCCUGGUGGGACUGCUGGCCAGCUCCUUCGUCACAUCCCUGGGUCCCAUGUACUUCACCUACGGCAUCGUGUUCGCCACCGGCUGCUCCUUCGCCUACCAGCCCAGCCUGGUGAUCCUGGGACACUACUUCAAGAAACGCCUGGGCCUGGUCAACGGCAUCGUGACGGCCGGCAGCUCUGCCUUCACCGUCACCCUGCCCUUCCUCCUGUCCGGCCUGCUGGAGAAGGUGGGCCUGCAGAACACCAUGAGGCUCCUCAGCAUCCUCAUGUUCAUCCUCAUGCUGGCUGGGUUAACCUACACUCCCCUGCUGCCCAAGCCUGUCAGCAGCAACAAGCCAGGUAGCCGCUGCCCGCCCAUGAGCAAGGUGUUCAACGUCAACAUCUGGAAGUCUCUGGGCUACCGGAUCUGGGCCUUUGGCAUCCCGGCAGCUCUCUACGGAUACUUUGUGCCUUACGUUCACCUGAUGAAGCAUGUUGAGGAGCGCUUCGGAGAAGACGCCAACAAGGAGGUUCUGCUCAUGUGCAUCGGCGUCACGUCCGGCGUGGGCCGCCUCAUCUUCGGCCAGGUGGCUGACUACGUACAGGGAGUGAACAAAGUCUACCUGCAGGUGUCUUCGUUUAUCGUCAUCGGCGUGAUGUCCAUGAUGAUCCCUCUGUGUCAUGUGUUCGGGGGGCUGAUCGCGGUGUGUCUGCUCAUGGGCCUGUUCGACGGCUGUUUCAUCUGCAUCAUGGCCCCCAUCGCCUUCGAGCUGGUGGGCUCUCAGAACGUGUCCCAGGCCAUCGGCUUUCUGCUGGGCAUGAUGUCUGUGCCCAUGACCGUGGGGCCUCCUAUUGCAGGGUUCCUGAGGGACAGGCUGGGGAGUUAUGACGUGGCCUUCUAUUUGGCUGGUAUCCCGCCUAUCGUCGGUGGGGCCAUGCUGUGUCUGAUCCCCUGGGUGGAGGCUAGACGUAUCAGGAGAGAGCAGGAGGAGGCAGCCAAAGAUGGCACCCAGGAGCAGAUGCUGGAGUUCAAGAGGAACAGUGGGGGUCAGGGAGAUGCACUAGCAGUGAAGACCGCAACCCCCGAAUCUGUCAUCUAAGUCUCCCAAAACACACUCAAAACAAAGGUGCACCUUGACAUAUUCAUAUUCACUCGCAGGAACUUGGAACUGCUGAUUUGUCGUAUUUUUUUAUGAAAGAAGUAUAGAUGAAAUGUGUAUUGACCCGUGUAUGUGUAAACAAUAUUUUAAUGGCUGCUUUUGCAGGAGAAUGUGGGGCAAAUGCUGAAGUAAUACUACAUAUCAGUUAUACACAUAGAUACUCAACAAACACAAUUGAACAUGAAGGUGAUCUUGAAGAGCUAUGCAUCUGAUUGUUUUCCAAUCUUGCAGCUGUUGAAUUAACUUGAAGGUUAAAAUGGAAAAUGAGAAUCUCACUUAUUUUAAUAUUUCUUACAAGGGAACGCAUGCUUUACUUGGGUGCUCUUUGAAGUCUGCAACUACUGAUUUACAUGAGAAUAAGCAGUGGCCAGCCUCGCUAGGAAAUUCCCUCGUUUUCAAUGUGCAUUUUUUAUUUUUUAUUUUUAAGGCAUUGAGGAUCAUUCUCGUCAUUGCCGAGAAAUGUUCAAUACAAGCUUGAAUAUAGUUUUUAGGCUUUGCAGAAUUUUGAAAAGAAAAACAAACUAGAUUUAUUGGGUUUGUUGAAAAAUAUAUAUUUCCAAUAAAUGCUAGGGACAUAUAAUUAACCAUAUAUGGUAAAAGAAACAGUAAUAUAUCUAAAAUAAUCAAAUUAUCCCAUAAGUAGUAUAGGUAAGUAAAGUGUGUUUGGGACACAGAUGUUGCUUGUCUUGACAACAGUAUAACAAAGAAUCUACUGCUAAGUAGAAUUUAACUGGGGGGGAAAACAGCUGCUUUUUAAAAGUCAAUCCUUUUCUGUUUAUAGCACAGAGUGAUCUGUGGGGGAUUGAUACUCUCUUAAAACAUGCCAAGAUUGUGAAUUUGUGAGUAAUGAGGUAUAACCUGACCAUACAAUAUCACUUCAAAGAAGUGCUUUAUGAGAUAAUGGGUGGGGAGGUAGUUAGUUCCUAGUGGUUGUAGGGCUUACUAUUGUCUUAGUUUUCAAGGUCACCUUGAAGGUGCUUGAGCACCUCAAGGGAGCAGCUUGAAGCACAAUUACAGCGUCCCACCCAUGAAAUAUGAAACGUCAUCUCAAGGCUGCAGUACUCUGGACCUGAAAUAAGCCUGACUUUACCUGAGGCUGUGUUCAGUCGUUAGUAUCUCUGAUACAGUGUAACUUGAAUGCGCCGUACACAGUGCCUGAGAAUCCUUUUCAGUGUUUUUGAACCAGAACCACCAUUGUCAUUUUGUAAUCAUUAGUUUAUAGCAGCUCAGAACAGGAUUCUCAAACGGAACGUCUGCUUGUCUGACUAUGCAACGUGAGUAAAGGAUGAACGUCAGUGUUGAUUAUAAUGAGUAAUUGACAUGAAACAGAGAUGAAUGAAUUAUGAAUAGAUUUUCUAUUGUUGAUGGCAGUAUUUUGUCCAGCACAUAUAGGCUAGUAAACCAAUGUUAUACUUUCAUAUCUUCUAAUUGUAGUAGGCUCACUCUGUCCACCAUAUUUCAAAUGUAAUUUGAUAUGUAAUCAUUGACAAAUGUGACCAUUAGUCAAGUUAACCAUUGACUAUGUGCUCAGUUCAUUAGCCUUUUGUUAGGAGAAAUAUAUUUGUUUUAAUGAUAUUUUUCAUAUUUGUAUUUAUUUUUUUCUAGAAUUUGUUUAGCGGCUGAUGUCAUGCCAUAAUUAAUUGGUGCUUUCUUUUCUCAUUAUUUGAUGUUUUGAAGACCAAAACAACCUUUUGUAUUGAUUAUUUUGGGUGUGCCCUUGAAAUGUAAAGAAAAUGGCUGAUUGUCUAUGGUCAAUACUAUUUGCCAAAGCACCACCCUCGGGAUAGUUUAUUAGGCCUUUCAAACAUGUUAUGUUUCAAAUCACCCUCCUGAAUUUCAACAAUCAUUGAUAAUUAUAAAGAUUGCUCUUGGAGAACUUGAAGACCCACAACUUUUACAGCGUAGGAUUUUGACUCGACAAUCCCUUGACCACUAAGCACGCAGAAAAGUCAUAACUUAUCAAAAUCCAAACUAUCCAGCUCUGUAGGUCAUUGGUUUCACCAAGGCAAGACUUGUGACACAAUCUACCUCGGAUGUCAUGCAAAUUUCUAGUAUUUUGUCCUACACAGUAUUUGCAGGACAGAAAGAGGCUUUCAGUUCAAACCAUUACAAAACAUGACCAUCACGUGUUGUUUGGGCAAUAUUUCCCUUCCACUGUGUGUCUUUAUACAGUCGAUAUCCAAACAUUAGGAGAGACUCUGUAAAAGAGUCUUCCAGCUUCCUAGCCAUCACUGUUUGCUCUGAACGGGAUUGCUGCCUAUCUGUACCACAGAAAAGUGUUUGAGAAGUACAGUACUUCGGUGGAAUUUUGUGACCAGGGAAAUGCAAAUAAAUGAUUAAUUCUGAGAAGAAAAAGUUGCUAUCUUGAACUUAAAUCUUGCUUUGGGAAUGAUCUGGGGUUUUUUUAUGCUUUGAAUUUCCAGUUUAGAUGUAUUAUUAUUUGUUCUAUCGAUGUGAGAAUUAGAUAAUACCCAUGUCACAAGGAAUGUUUCGGAUACAUUUUUUGGUUUUGUUUUUCUAACCAGAGCAUACAUUUCUACUAGGGAAAUGUCCAAUUUAUAUAUUUGUUUUAUCAAGUCUUGUUUAUUUUUAAGUUAAUCUUUUAGUUAUAAUUGCUAUAUUAUUAUUCUUACUUUACAUCCUAGACAUACGCAGUUGCACAAUUCACCGAUGAAAGCCUCAGGUAAUUUCUCAAGUAAUAGAAAUUCCUGAAAUUGUACCCUGGAGGUUUUACUGAGAUACCUCUUUGCCAUACACAUCUUAGUAAUUAUUCAUUACAUUAUCUCGUACUGAAUUAAUUCCUUGGCAUCCAAAGAAGUUUGUCACCUUUUGGGAAUGUCCCAGUAUUUUAGAUCCUAUGAAGAGAAUUUAAAGAUUUAGUUUAUGCAUGUUAUAUUUUUUGUUUAGUGGCUAAAGUCCAAAUUCAACAGCAUAUUGUUUGAAAUGAUUCAAUGAACAUGUUUCUAGUUACAUAUGCAGGUUAUAUAUAGAUUUUAUUCAAACUCUUUUGCUUUUCACAGGUGUAAUUCCGAGUGUAUAUCUAUGCCUAAUGCAACUAGAGUUCUACCACACUGUAAUGUCACAAAAAAUAUCAACUUUGCGGCUUUCACUUUCACCCCAUGUUAUGUGCAUUGUUCUUCUCUCAUUUUGUUGUUCACAGAUAGUUUAUUUCUUUACAGUAUAUAUAAAUGUCUUUCAAAUACACAUUUUAUAUUGCUGAUCAUUAAAAUCUCUUUGCUUUAUGUAGUUAUUUCAUCAUUUUAUUGCUUUUCUAAUUGCCUUCAUAAUUUUAUUGCAUUAUUUAAUGUUUUAUUUUGAUUGUAUGAUAUGUAAUAUGUCAUGGUACUAUGUACAACUGAAAUUAAAGUACAUUUUUAACGAA